UCGAGGGCAGGUAUUGCCAGAUUUCAGCACAGUUUGGUGCAGAUAACAAGUGUGAGCAAAUACUGGACUAAAGAGAAUAAAGAAUCCAGUGCUACACCGGCAGAUGAAAGAGGCAGCAAACCCAACUUUAAGGAACUGGCAGGGCACAAAACUCCUCUCCUGUUCCCUCUUUUAUCAGUAGGGAUAACAAGUGAACUCAAGGCAGAAUUGCGUAAGUCGCCCUUCCCUUCCUCUCCCAGCCAACGUAGUUCAGCUAGUUCAGCUUCCCUUCUGAAGAGGUUAAGAGCAAGGAGUGACAGCUGAUUUCUUUUGCUCCACCCCCUCUCUUUCCCCCAAACACAAAGCAGAAAUUCACCUCCGACAGCACAACUUUCAAGCUCCCGCAGGACACGGUCCACACAGGACACGGUCCACACAGGACACAUGGCACGCAGCCCUCGGCACACCUCUGCAGGGAUAGUGCGGACAGACGCCUCCCUCUCCCUCUCCGGCAUGAAGCACCUCACCUCUGCACCCUGGGCUGCUCUGGCCCUCGGCCUGGUCCUUGCCUCCUUCCACUUGGUUUGCUUGGCAGAAUCGAGGAACAGCGACAACUCAACCUUGACCACCCACCACCUAGACUCUGGAACCCUGGAGCAGUGCCCCAACGUGGACUUCUGCCCCCAGGCAGCUCGGUGCUGCCGCACGGGAGUGGACGAAUACGGCUGGAUCGCGGCCGCGGUGGGCUGGAGUUUGUGGUUCCUCACCCUCAUCCUGCUCUGCGUGGACAAACUGAGGAAGCUCACUCCGGAUGAGCCCAAGGGUUUGCGAGUAUGAGGCUGAGCAGCUUAGCCCCGAGAAUGUCAGUCGCCACCGAACUGUGGGUAACCGCGGGAGGGGAGUGGUGCUGAUGGGGUUUCUGCCCAGCUACAGGUGUCGUCACCUUUGUGCCUCGAUGACUUUUAAAAGAGAAGGGAGAAGGAAAGGCGGAUCCGAGGAAGAAAGGCCAGUGCUGCUUCACACCUAAAUCCAUAGGCACUCACGCCUCUGAGUACCGACAAUCUCUUUCUCGAUCUACUGGACCUGCUGCGGUUUUAACCAGUGUUUUUGUCCGCGCCCCAAGGGGGGUGCACAAGAACAUGAGACUUUGACUUUUGUCCACGUUCGGAGCUAAACUCAGAAACUUCUGCCCCAAAACAGGUCAUUGUCUUCCAUCCAUUUCAUUCAAGGGAAUCACUGGCACCCCCCGCCCUCCCGUGCAUUGCUUCUCCCGCUCUUGUUCUUUCUUCGACAUUGUCUUCCGUGGCCGUCUUGCCCCACGGUCCUACAUCGCCCCUGCAUUGUUUCAGGCACGUUGGGUUCUGUUCUCGCUGCGGUCAGGCACUUCCUCCGCACUGGCUCCUCCCCAGGGCAGCUGCCAAUGUGGUGCUGUCGCCCCCUGCUGACAACCUUAGGUAAAGCCUCACCGCCGAACCUGGGACAUCGGGCUGGCCUUCGCUCUCCACAGGAGUCUGACCACCUUCCCAGGUCUGUCUCCCCGCGCAUCUGGGACCAGGACUCAGGUGACCCAGUCCUUGUCUUCCACUUCCUGCUGCCACUCCCUCCGCUUGGGGGCUGCCUUCCAACUCCGCCUCCAGAUGGAAGGCCAGCCCUCAAAGUCCAGCCCAAACACCUGCUCUUCUUGCAGCCUUCCCUGAUAGCCUUGGGGGACCCCGAGCUGGUGUUCUUAGGGGUGCGUCCGCCCCACCCUGAAGUGCAGCCCUCAGGAAUAUGCAGUCAGUGUAGGCUUCCUCUUGCUCCUGGGGAUAGAAAGCUCUUCGUAAUGUUUGUGCGAUGAAUGAAUGAUGAAUGAAGGAACUAACGAACGAGUCCUUGCCUGAGAUGAACUUAAAACUAUCCUUCUGCACAGAGAACUUCCACUUUUUCUAUAAAUGGUUGAAAUAACCAAUCUCCACAGAGCCAGUUGGUUUAGUUCCCGCUCAUCCUGCAGAAGGAUGUUGCUGAUCACCGUGAACACUGUCGAGGGGGGGCGGGGGUCAGGUCAGGAAGAGAGGAGAGUGGGUUCAUCAGAAGGAAGGAAAGACAUUGUCUCAUUAAGAGACAAUGGCUGCCCUUUGUGGGGCCACAUGUAUUUAGAUUGAACAACCAAAUAAUUAUACACAAGAAAGUGAGAGGCCCCUGAAGUAGGAAGGAGCAUUUCCUGGAGGUGGCAGAUGGUUCAGAGCUGCCCACCUGCUCUUUCAGAAAGUCUAAGUAGAUUUCCCUGGCAAUGGGAACUGAAGGAACUGACCUGGCUCAGUCUGCUGCUUUCUGAAUCUCCGUGGUUUAAUCAAUAAAGGAUAGAUUUACUGUGCCCACGUGUUACGUAAUCGUGUGAACCAGUGUCUGCAAGACACCCCGUGUGAUGUGAUGAACACACACUUUUUUAGACACUUGAGGAAAGAGUUGAGGAAAGAGUUUCCACAAUAUGUGAUUGAACUCCUUAGAGAUGGAAAGAGUUAGUAAGGACCCCCUGGGAUUUAACAUCUGCAAGCAUUUUUGAAAUAAAACAGCGUGACAUCGUGGUGAGAACACUACCUCUGAAAAGCAAUAGAGAGAAGGUAAAUGAAGACUGAUUGCUGGCCAGUGUGGAGGGAAAUGAGCCACUUCACCUUGGGGAGUGUCAGUUUUCUAAGUAGAGAAUGUAGGAAUUGGACACAUCAGUGGUUACAAACUGGGUUGUCAAAGCCUGGAGGGCUAGGUGGGGUGCUGCACAGAAGGGGUGGGCAUUAGGCCUGUCCUUGCAACCACAGCAAUGUGGCUCUUACCUCUUCUAUAUACCAGACCUCCACAGUAAGAUGUCAUUUACUCCUUUAUUAUUAUUAUUAUUAUUAUUAUUAUUAUUAUUAUAUUCUUUAGAGUGCGAAUGCAAGCAGGAGUGGGGGAGGGGCAGAGGGAGAGCAAAUCUCAAGCCGACUCCCCACUGAGCGUGGGGCCCAACGUGGGGUUUGAUCUCACAACCCCAAGAUCAUGACCUGAGCUGAAAUCAAGAGUCGGAUGCUUAACUGACUGAGCCACCCAGGUGCCCCCCCAUUUGCUGCCUUAGAAGCAGAAAGCCAGAACAUCCCCCUGGGUCUGGGCAACGUGUAGGUUCUUAGACUACAUUGGAGUGAAUAAUGUGUAGUUUCUACCACUGCUACAUUCAAAUUUAGGCGUACCGUGAAUCGCCUUCCUUUUCUCUGUACAAGAGGAAAGACAAACCAAAUCCAAAUAAUCUCUCUUUUCUUUGAGAGUAGACAGAAAGACAAGUUACAUAACUUGAUGGUUAUUCUUUCUAGAUGCUUUAUUUCAGAUCUUCCCUCAGCAUGGGAUCUCUUUACUCUAUCAAAGCAAAGAUUUGUCAAUAAAUUAAAAAGGAAAACCUGAAGGAGAAAACUAAGUAUCACUUCCAGGUGAUACAAACUUCUUGGUAUAAAGCAGCAGGACCUGCCUAACAGAAGAUGUGCUUUUCAUUUAAGAUUUUUGCUUUGAGUAAAUAACGUGGCCCCCAGCACUGUCACAGGCUGAGUGACACAGAAUCCACACUGCUUGGGGCAUUUCUGUACCAAAGUGCCCUGAGUAGAAACAGAAUAUUAAACUUUAAGGUGUGGCACAAUUAUUUGACUUUAAAAUUGAGUCCUUUUUAUAUAUGCAAGAUACCCAAGGACAAAUAAAUCAAAUAUAUAAUUUUUUAUUAAAAAUAAAAUGUUGGGGCACCUGGGUGGCUCAGUCGGUUAAGCGUCUGCCUUCAGCUCGGGUCAUAAUCCCAG